AAGAAGAAGAAGAAGAUGAAGAUUCUCCACGCUGAAUGAGAAUAAAUGUGUGUCUUUCAUCUGUUUUAUUUCUUCAGUGACUAAACAAGUUUUAUUUCCAGUGUUUAUUUUCGGCGGGAGAAUUGUAAAACUCCAGGAAACAAGUGAAAUCUGUGUGACACUGUUGUAAAGAUGUUUAUUAAAGAGGAGAGUGAAGAUAUGGCUUAUCCAGAAGCAUGCAGAAUUAAAACCGAACACACUGACGAACAAACAGACUUGAUGGAAAUUAAAGAGGAAAAUCAAGAACCCUUAGAAGUGGAAGAAGAAAGUCAAGAACUGAAUGAAGUGAAGGAGGAACAUCAGUAUCAGAAUCCUCAUCAUUUCAUAACUGAAGAAACACAUAAAGGAUAUCUUAACAAGCACAUGAGAAAGCACACUGGAGAGAAGCCUUUCACAUGCCUUCAGUGUGGAAAAAGUUACACAAAGAAAUUUGGCCUUAAGAGACAUAAAAGAUUUCACACCGGAGAGAAACCUUUCACAUGCCAUCAGUGUGGAAAGAGUUUCAGACAGAAACAAAGUCUUCAGACACACAUGAAAAUUCACUCUGGAGAGAAACCUUUCACAUGCCCUCAGUGUGGAAAGAGUUUCAUACGAAAAGGAGAUAUUAACAGGCACAUGAAAACUCACACAGGAGAGAAGCCUUUUACAUGCCUUCAGUGUGGUAAAAGUUACAUAGACAAAUUAGGUCUUAAAAGACACAUGCUAUUUCACACUGGAGAGAAACCUUUCACAUGUCUUCAGUGUGGAAAUAGUUACACAUCUAAACAAUCCCUUAAUGUGCACAUGAGAAUUCACACUGGAGAGAAACCCUACACUUGCCAUCAGUGUGGAAAUGGUUUCAGACGGAAAAGAGAUCUUAAAAAGCACAUGAGAAAUCACACUGGAGAGAAGCCUUUCACGUGUCCUCAGUGUGGAAAAAGUUACAUGGAAAAAUUUGGUCUUAAAAGACACAUGCUAUUUCACACUGGAGAGAAGCCUUUCACAUGCCUUCAGUGUGGUAAUAAUUUCACAUGUAAAGGAUCUCUUCAAGUACACAUGAGAAUUCACACUGGAGAGAAACCUUUCAUGUGCCCUAUAUGUCGAAAGAGUUUCAUUUCUAGAGGAAACCUUAAGGAUCACAUCAGGUCUCACACUGGAGAGAAGCCUUUCAUAUGCUCUCAGUGUGGGAAGAGUUUUGCUCGUAUAAGAAGCCUUAAUAUGCACAUGAGAAUUCACACUGGAGAGAAACCUUACUUGAUGGAAAUUAAAGAGGAAAAUCAAGAACCCAUAGAAGUGGAAGAAAGUCAAGAACUGAAUGAAGUGAAGGAGGAACAUCAGUAUCAGAAUCCUCAUCAUUUCAUAACUGAAGAAACACAUAAAGGAUAUCUUAACAAGCACAUGAGAAAGCACACUGGAGAGAAGCCUUUCACAUGCCUUCAGUGUGGAAAAAGUUACACAAAGAAAUUUGGCCUUAAGGGACACAAAAGAUUUCACACCGGAGAGAAACCUUUCACAUGCCAUCAGUGUGGAAAUAGUUUCAGACAGAAACAAGGUCUUCAGACACACAUGAAAAUUCACUCCGGAGAGAAACCUUUCACAUGCCCUCAGUGUGGAAAGAGUUUCUUACGGAAAGGAGAUCUUAACAGGCACAUGAAAACUCACAUAAGAGAGAAGCCUUUUACAUGCCUUCAGUGUGAUAAAAGAUACAUAGACAAAUUAGGUCUUAAAAGACACAUGUUAUUUCACAAUGGAGAGAAACCUUUCACAUGUCUUCAGUGUGGAAACAGUUACACAUCUAAACAAUCCCUUAAUGUGCACAUGAGAAUUCACACUGGAGAGAAACCUUUCACAUGCCCUCAGUGUGGAAAUGGUUUCAGACGGAAAACAGAUCUUAACAAGCACAUGAGAAAUCACACUGGAGAGAAGCCUUUCACGUGUCCUCAGUGUGGAAAAAGUUACAUGGAAAAAUUUGGUCUUAAAAGACACAUGCUAUUUCACACUGGAGAGAAGCCUUUCACAUGCCUUCAGUGUGGUAAUAAUUUCACAAGUAAAGGAUCUCUUCAAGUACACAUGAGAAUUCACACUGGAGAGAAACCUUUCAUGUGCCCUAUAUGUCGAAAGAGUUUCAAUUCUAGAGGAAACCUUAAGGAUCACAUCAGAUCUCACACUGGAGAGAAGCCUUUCAUAUGCUCUCAAUGUGGGAAGAGUUUUGCUCGUAUAAAAAGCCUUAAUAUGCACAUGAUAAUUCACAGUAGAGAGAAACCUUAAGGCUUUUGCACAUCAAAGAUUUCUCGCCAUGAUUAACAUUUUCAGAAUCAGCUUUAUUGCCAAGUAUGCUUACACACAAGGAAUUUGUCUUGGUGACAGGAGCUUCCAGUGCACAACAAAACAAAACCGCAACAAGACAUAGAUAAUAAUAAAAAA